ACAACACGUUUAUUCAACUCAUUUAAUAUUAUAAGCAAGAGUGCUCAAAAGGGCAACAGACACACACACACAACACCCUCUUUGUGUCUCUUCCUUUCCUCUCUUUGACAUCCAACAUCACUGUUUUUGCCUGUACUUUCUAACUCUUAUAGUUAAAUCAGUUUUUGUUGACUUUUUGCAAGAAUUAAACGUUCUUGCAAGUUUCUGUCUCAUAAUUAAUAAAUAAUUAUUAAUCAACCACCCUUCUAAAUACAUUAUUACCUACAUCUCUGAGCUGUACCCUUCUUUGUCACUUGUCCAAAUAUUUAAAUUAGAACCUUUCUUUCAAAUACAUACUCCCCAUUGUUCACUAAAAAUUUAGUCAAGAUUAUAAACCUAACUUGGGUUAAUUAGUCUUUUAUCAUAACAAAGAUGGUUGAAAAGAAUGGUAGCACGAAUCAUCACCAAACAUUUGAUGUCUCCAUUGAUCAACAAAGAGAUUCUAAGUUUUUCGACGACGAUGGUCGUGUCAAACGAACCGGAACUGCUUGGACUGCAAGUGCACAUGUAAUAACAGCUGUGAUAGGGUCUGGAGUGCUGUCUCUAGCUUGGGCUAUUGCUCAACUUGGAUGGAUUGCUGGUCCUAUUGUUAUGAUUCUCUUUGCUUGGGUUACUUAUUAUACCUCCAUUCUUCUCUGUGAAUGUUAUCGUACUGGUGAUCCUAUCAGUGGCAAGAGAAACUAUACUUACAUGGAUGUUGUUCAUUCCAAUCUUGGUGGUUUUCAAGUCACGUUAUGUGGGAUAGUUCAGUAUCUCAACCUUGUUGGAGUUGCCAUUGGAUACACUAUAGCCUCAGCCAUAAGCAUGAUGGCAAUUGAAAGGUCAAAUUGUUUCCAUAGAAGUGGUGGAAAAGAUCCAUGUCACAUGAAUAGCAAUAUUUACAUGAUUUCAUUUGGUGCAGUGCAAAUUAUAUUCUCUCAAAUUCCAGAUUUUGAUCAACUAUGGUGGCUCUCCAGUUUAGCUGCUGUUAUGUCCUUUAUAUACUCCACAAUUGGCCUUGGCCUUGGUAUUGGGAAAGUUAUAGAAAAUAAAAAGAUUGAUGGAACCGUAACCGGGGUAACUGAUGUAACAAAAGCUCAGAAAGUUUGGGGGAGUUUUCAAGCUCUUGGUGACAUAGCCUUUGCAUAUUCAUACUCCAUGAUCCUUAUAGAAAUUCAGGACACGGUUAAAGCACCACCUCCGACUGAGGCAAAGACAAUGAAGAAGGCUACAAUCAUCAGCGUUGCAUCGACAACAUUUUUCUACAUGCUUUGCGGCUGUUUUGGAUAUGCUGCGUUUGGAAAUUCAAGUCCUGGAAACCUUUUAACCGGUUUUGGUUUCUAUAACCCAUUUUGGCUCCUUGACAUAGCCAAUGCUGCCAUAGUUAUCCACCUCAUUGGUGCGUACCAAGUCUACUGCCAACCCCUUUAUGCAUUCGUCGAAAAUUACACGGCAAAAAGAUUCCCUCGCAGUGAUUUUGUGAAUAAGAACAUAAAAAUUCCAAUCCCUGGCAUACAAAUGUACAAGCUCAACCUAUUUAGGUUGGUUUGGAGGACAAUUUUUGUAAUAUUAACAACUUUGGUAUCUAUGCUCCUUCCAUUUUUCAAUGACAUAGUUGGACUUCUUGGUGCACUCGGAUUUUGGCCUCUUACAGUUUAUUUUCCGGUGGAGAUGUAUAUAAUUCAAAAGAGAAUACGGAAGUGGAGCUCGAAAUGGAUCUGUCUUCAAUUGCUUAGUGUUGCGUGUCUUAUAAUCUCUAUAGCUGCUACUGUUGGUUCUGUUGCUGGGAUUAUACUUGAUCUUAAAGUUUUUAAGCCAUUCAAAACUAUGUAUUGAUUAAAUAUUGUGACUACAUUAAAUUUGUGUAUGAUCAGUAUAUAAUUUGAGAUUUCAUGAGAUACAUACUUUAUAUUGCAGCUUGUGUGAAGGGAUUAAUAUUGGAAGGGGGAAAUGUUGUACACAACUGUGUGAGACUAUUUUAUUACAUGGAAAAAUAUUUUAUUGUAAGUUGAACCUUGAACAUGAACAUGGACUGAAAUGUUUUCUUUUUGUUUUUC